UAUCCAAUGCACUGCAGCAUACAAUACAUGUUUCAUUGUCCAAAAAGCCAAAGGGUCAGAUCACCUUUCAGCCCUCUUUACAUUCAAAAUAUGUCAAUCCUCCAAUCACUGCUUAAAACGCCUUCAUGCAAUGAUAGCUCUUAAAAUUAUAUUAUAUUGAUAAUCAUAUAAGGUUUAAAUGUGUUUACUUUUUGCCUUUCGAUUUUUCAAUAUUAGUCUGCCAUGGUACAAUAUAUGCUCUUCUUUUUUCUAGACAGAAAUGGGCAGCAUAUAUCAACGAGAUAAACUUUGAUUUGAACAUUCAAAUUUCGACAAAUUGUGAAGAGAAACUUUUCAAAAAAGUUAAUUGACGGAUCUGAAAAUAAUAAAAACACUUUGUGCCAGGUUCCCUCCUUGGUCUGAACACGUUGUACCUAAAUGUUCCUAGCAGCUCCAAAAGGGAAAUGUGCGCACCUGAUGACGCAGCAGUCCACCGCUGCCUGCUGCUGCGUCACGUGCGAACCCAGCAACCCAGCCAGUACUCUUCUUAUUUCAUCCUCCAUAACCUCAAAUCUCAUCCCUCCAUGGACGAUACUGAUUUUUUUUUAACUAUCAGUUACUUUCCUUCAAAUGCGCAGGGAUCUAUGCAGCAAUUUUCUCCGGUCACUCGAGUUGUUACAUAAGUCAUCACCUCUCUGCACCCAAUCCCUCCUCCUCACCUAAGGUCAAGUAAAAAAACAACCGCAACUGGAAGAAAAAAAAGAAGAAGAAGAAAAAAGAGAAAAUCCCAAACAGCAGAAGAGCCCACGGACACCAUAAGCGGGUCACGCAGAGUUUUGCCGCAGCUCAGCAGCACCGACCCGUCCCGUCUCCGCCGCCGGCUGGCACCGCUCGCAGACGGGAGGGGGGCGGGGUUUACUGACAUCAGCGCUGCCGCUCGCUACGGCACGCGCGCCCGCUGCCUGCGUGUCUGCCUGCGUGUCUGCCUCCCGGACCGGCCACGCCAUCCAGUUCUCGUGACGGGCUUCGCGGACGUCUGGGCUCGCUCGGCGCGGUUCGGCUCGUGUCAAAGCGGACGGUUGGCGCACGGAGGUGUCGCAGGGGGGUCGCGGGGCUCGUCCGGCGCACUUUGAGCGUUUGCAGGUGUCUCUGUCUGCUCCAGGGGGCUGCACAGUCAAGAAGGGCGAAGCAGCAGGAUUUCACACAGAAGAGUGCACACAGGGACGCUCCCAAUAUCAAGCCAAAUCCUGCACUGCAGUGGAUUUUGUCGCGUGUGUGUGUGUGUGUGUGUUUGUGGGUGUCUGGUUUGGACAGUGGACCCAGUAUACGCUCCGCACCCUUUCUCAUUAACAUUGGACGACCCUGGAUCCUGGAUUUGGGGGUUCCUCUGAAGGUCGCCCCGUCCUAGAAAACUGUGCCAUCCGCCAGUUUUCACAGCAUCCAGCCCCCCUCCUAUCCACCCAUUCUACUUUUUUCUUGUUCCAGUACAGAGCCUUGGUAGUCUUCCUGCCCACUUGGAGGCCUCUGACUAAAGAGCUUUGACUGUUGCGUGGAUUCAGACUGGAAGAACUGCACAGACAUAUAACCAAAAUAUAACCAAAUUCCACCAAAGUAUUAGAACAAAAGUUGACCAUUCACUUCAGUUCCAUUUAAACUUAAAGUACUUUUUCUAUUAAAAAGGACCUGCUCUUCAUGGGGUUGUAGGAAUUACACAGGUAUCAAAUUCCUCCUCAGGGAUCCGAUUUCUAUAAUUUCCACUUUGUCAUCCGAGUCAGCACGACAUCACAAAUCUCAGGCGCCAUCACAGGUUUCCCAGGUUUAGCUUGAUUUCCGGUCGCACCUCAGGGAUUUUGAACCACCAGAGUUUCCGUUUAGAAUUUUUCAAGACUUUUAACACACAAAAUCUCAGCCAACAUCUGUAUUUUUGGCUUUAGAACCGCCCUAUGAAUCCCUGUGGCCAUGGCCUCUGACAGUUUCCAGUACCGAGCGUUAUUUGAGUACAAGCGAGAGCGCGGCGAUGACAUCAGCUUCCAGACGGGCGACCUGCUCACCGUCUCCAAGGUCUCGCUGAUGGCUCAGCCGGGGCAGGACUACCAGGACGGGGAUGAGCGCACCCCCAAAGGCUGGCUGCACGGCACCAACGAGAGGACCAAGGAGAAGGGAGACUUCCCGGGGACCUUUGUGGAGUACGUCGGGGCGGUGAGGGUCGGCCCUCCUGCGACCAAAUCCUGGUCCAGGCCAGCGCCACGGACGCCCGGGGGACUACACGCCGAUUCUGCUCCAGGAGUGGAGGCGGAGCUUCUUUCCGAAGCGGCUCCUGUGGCUGUGUUGAGACUCACUGAAGCUGCUGAGAAACACGGUUUGAGCGGCGAGUGUCUGUAUGGAGUUCCUCCUUCUUCCAGUGGACCCGUGGAGCUGCGAGAGGCCCUGGAUUCAGAUCCGGCCUGCGUGGACCUGGAGCCGUACGAUGUGGUUUCACUGACUGAUGCCCUCAGAGGUUUCCUGCAGGACCUGAACGCCCCCAUCAUCCCCACCACGGUCUACAGCGAGCUGGUGUACACUGCCCAAGAAACUCAGAAUGUGGAGGAGUGUGGGGAGAAGCUGAAGAUUAUCCUGGAGUCCCCCAGCAUCCCUCAGGCCAACCACCAGCUCCUGGUCCACCUCAGCAGACACUUGGCCCGGGUCAGCCAGCACAGCGAGGCCGGCCCCCGGCUGCUGGCACAGGCCUUUGCUGAGGCCGUCUUCAAGGACUCCCCCCUCAGUGCGGACGUGAACCCGGAGCAUCACAUCAGGAUCUUGGAGGCCCUUAUUGCAACGGGAGGUCUCAUGGAGAUGCAGGCUGCACCAGCUCUUCCUCCGAAGCCGGCAAAGCCACAGCAGUCCUGCUCGGUGGGGUUGGGAGGGGGCAGCAGCAACAGCACCAAGGACGGAGGAGCGGGAGGCUCUCUGCAGCAGGCCGAGUGGUACUGGGGGGACAUAUCCAGGGAGGAGGUGAAUGAUAAGCUCAGAGACAUGCCGGACGGGACCUUUCUGGUUCGGGAUGCUUCCACCAAGAUGCAGGGCGACUACACACUCACGCUGAGGAAAGGGGGAAACAACAAGCUGAUAAAGAUCUACCAUCGGGACGCGAAGUACGGCUUCUCCGACCCGCUGACGUUCAGCUCGGUCGUGGAGCUCAUCAACCACUACAGACACGAGUCUCUGGCUCAGUACAACACCAAGCUGGACGUCAAACUCAUGUACCCCAUCUCCCGCUUCCAGCAGGACCAGCUGGUCAAGGAGGACAAUAUUGACGCUGUGGGGAAACAGCUUCAGGAAUACCACAAUCAGUACCAGGAGAAGAGCAAAGAGUACGACGGACUGUACGAAGAGUACACAAAGACGUCGCAGGAGAUCCAGAUGAAGCGGACCGCCAUCGAAGCCUUCAACGAGACCAUAAAGAUCUUCAAGGAGCAGUGCCACACGCAGGAGCGCUACAGCAAGGACUACAUCGAGCGCUUCCGCCGCGAGGGCAAUGACAAGGAGAUCGAGAGGAUCAUGAUGAACUACGAGAAGCUCAAGUCGCGGCUCGGCGAGAUCCACGACAGCAAGGUGCGGCUGGAGCAGGACCUGAAGACGCAAGCCAUGGACAACCGGGAGACCGAUAAGAAGAUGAACAGCCUGAAGCCUGACCUCAUACAGCUCCGCAAGAUCAGGGACCAGUAUCUAGUGUGGCUCAAUCACAAAGGAGUUCGCCAAAAACGAAUCAACGACUGGCUGGGAAUCAAGAAUGAAAACACUGACGAAGGCUACUUUGUGAGCGAGGAGGAUGAAAACUUGCCUCACUACGAUGAGAAGAGCUGGUUCGUGGGGGACUUGAACAGGGAUGAGGCGAAGGAUCUGCUCACCGGGAAGCCGGACGGAGCGUUUCUCAUCCGGGAGAGCAGCAAAAAGGGCUGCUACGCCUGCUCUGUAAUGGUCGAAGGUGAGGUGAAGCACUGCAUGAUCUACAGCACGCCGCGCGGCUUCGGCUUCGCUGAACCGUACAACCUGUACAGCAGCCUGAAGGACCUGGUGCUCCACUACCGCCAGGCCUCCCUGGUGCAGCACAACGACUCGCUCAACGUGCGCCUCGCUUACCCCGUCUACGCACAGAUGCCCUCCGGACGCAGAUGAACCCACACGGACAACAAACCAACCCGCGGGGGGGGGGGGGGGGGGUACUGGUUGAAAUGCAAAGCGACCCCAACACCAGACCCGACAAAGAUAGAAACACUAGCUGCAACACACACGUCAGCCACCUUGGAGUUAUAUAUUUUUACAAGAACUAUUUCGGAGGGCAUUCUUUCUAAAGACUGCUUGAUUUGCACAAGGAAGUUUUAAAUGUUUGUGAAUGUGAAAAAAAAAGCGACUGAAGGAAACGGAGUAGGACACUUAAGAGUUUCAGAUUGACCCCGCUGCUACCCAAACUCCAGCUCAGACCUUUUAUGGGAAACUCCAAUAAACACGCGAAAGACGACGAAGACAAAACAUUCCCAGAUGUUUUUUUGGUUCCUUUUCUGUUUGCACCUCAGAUGAUAAUAUCAAACCCUUUUUCCUUGUUUCCUUUGGUUGAUCGUAACUUUGUUGGGGUAAAUGCAAGAGGAGAUGAUGUCAAGGGUCUGUCCUUUCCGUACAAAAAGCUAAAAUAAUGUAGCAUAACGCGACAACGGACACUCAUUUUAUGAAGUGUUCCUCCAAGUAGACUGCUGCUCAAGAGUUUAGGGGGUGACACAAAACAGUUUUCUAGUCUAAAAACAAAGGCUUGCUUUUAAACUGUAGAGGUUUUUUAUUUCGUAUUAUUUUUGCUUAGCUGACACUUGGUUUUUCUUUCUUUAUAUAUUUUCUUUUUUGCCAAUGUCUAAAUGGCAACGUCACGGAACAGAACCAGAGACCAAAGUUGGUGUGGAGGGGAAGGGGGGGGGGGGCACAGAGUCAGCUGGUGUGUGUUACGUUUUCUUUCUUUUUUUUGUGAAUGGAGGGAAAUGAAUGGUGUGUUUGAGACCACACAUAAAACCGAGUUUUGGGCCACAUGCUCGUGCACCAAAUAGCCUUUUUGGAAAACCAAAUGGUACGGAAACAUACGCCAAGGCCUUCUGUAAAUACAGAUGGAGUAUGAAGCACUUAAACGAGUUCCAGAUGUGACCUCGGCACUCUGUACCCUGCUCUGUGAUUUGCUCACCUAGCUUUCUCCUUGUAGGUGAAAAGUCCAGAUGAUUCUUCAAUAAAGUAGCCAGUCUGCCAAUGGAAAGAUAAUUGGCAAGUGAAACGAGUCUUUGUCCUGAGGAUUUUUUUCCCCCCCCAUCUUGCGUGUGAAUCACAGUGAGGCUGUGAUCCUUUUUCCUUAGACUAAUUGAUCUCUUGCAGUCACAACGUAACAGUCUCCUGGUUCGGUAUUCUUCUAAUGCCUCAGCUGUCUUCUUUUCUUAACGUGUUUGACGCUAAGCCAAACACUGGACCUGUACAACACUUUCCACCACCAGGUGUCCCACUUUAUUGGAGGCUGAGGGCUGGCCUGCAUCAAAUGGUGCAUUGGCUGAUCACAUAGUAUUGCCUCAUUUACUCCUUUUAUGAACAAACAAAUUUAGUAACCACAUUGAUUUAUUGCCAAUAGUUAUACGUGCUCAAUUUAGUCCUUUGACGCUGUCAGACUGCUGAUGUAAGCUACUUUUUUAUUUUAUUUCCCAGAAUUUGUCGUGAUGAGUGCUGAGGUCACAAAUGGUGCUACACUUAAACCAGACUCAAAGGUAACGUUUCAUCCCUCUAAAAGCAUGAAGGGAGACCUGAAACCCAUUUUAUGUGUGGUUUGAAAAAAAAGAGUGAAAGAAAGCGGAAUAUAACAACCACGGGUUAAAAACCAUCACAAAUAAGCGUAAAGCGGGUAGACAGAGGCUUUAGAAGAAAAGACUUGGGGGAGCGGCGCACGCCGGUCAGAUAAUCAAAGGUACUUCUGUCCCACUGCUUCAUCUGAACUCUGAACCAGUGGAAGCAUUUUCUGUCCAAGACUAUAAAAAGACAAGUUGCACUCUAUUCUACCUAGAAAUGAGAAAUUCAGUGUUCCAGGCUGUUGUAACGAGGCCCGUCUCAUAAUCUGCAGCUGUUCAAAGGAUGGAAAGCGAAGGCAAGGAGGGCAGAUCAUAUCUUGACCUUGUUCAGAGCUGACAGCAGCAGUAAUAAAUGGUUUGUUUUUUUCCCACAGUGCAGCUCUGCCCUCAGCAUCGCUUUUUGCGGUACAAGCCACACACACAGUUAUGACUGAAGGAGUGAAUCAGGUUGAAGGAAGAGGGCCAUUGUUUUGAGUUGCUGCCUGAUGAACGAUACAAUGGUUGUACUCACCCCGGUUCAGGGUCACUACCGUUCUAGGCCCAGACGCCCUCUGCUCACAUUAGGGAGAUGACUCCAGCUUUCCUGGACCUGGAAGCCAUUGAUAAUAAGCCAUCUCAAAUUAGUUCUGGGUGUCCUAAUGCCGGCGGCACUUUAUCCAAUUUGACAUGAGCUCAAAAGACAAUUGAAAACUGCUUCCUGUUAUCCUCAGUGAAUCUGUUGGCAUAUCGAUAAAGUUUAAAAAAAACAUCCUCAGUUAUGUUUAAAGACGUUUGUCUGAUAUCUGUUCAAAUUAAUGCUGUGGGCAUUUAGCAUAACCAAGUAAAAGCCAAUUGUCAUUGGACGUCGCAGCAAUGCAGGAAACCGGAGGAUUGUUUUGUUUGUGAGGGGAAAAAAGGUCAAAUUGGAUCCAGCUUGCCGUCUAUGCCAGGGCCCAAACGUCACGUUCAUACAGGGAAGGGGACCGUUUGACCAAAUUUGAACUUGCAAGACUUACCGAUUUGAUCUUGAAUGUACAAAUAGGAUCAGUCCGGGUCCACAGCGGUCCUCCCCCCCCCCCCUCAAGGUGCUGUUCCAUUUGGCAGACGUUUGAGGUCUCCACAACGUUUUCUGGUCACCAACCCUCAGGUGUUUCAAGUUUACUGUAGAAACGAUCACACAACAAAACUAGCGAUUUACAAGAACAUUCACUAAUAAAUCAGGGUUAUUUCUGCAACGAAACGUCAAUCACUCUCAGCCGAUUAAGCUAUAGCCCCACGUCUUUGACUUCUGUCCUCCCUCCGAGAGGCGUGUCCUUCAUUGCUUCCUGUAGCCUAGUCAAAGCGUCAUCACCAAAUGGAUGUUGAGUUCCCCCCCCCCCAUCACCCCCCAGUCCGAAGGUUUCAGGUUUUUCUUUCCGAACAGGGGCCGCCAAAACAUCCCCAACUUUAUUACUUGAACUAUAUUGCAUUGUUCACUAUUGAAUGUCUUUGUAUAAAAUACAUUUAUAAAGAAGUCCCCCUUGGUUUCACAGUGAGCAGGCCGAGGUUUUCAGAGUUUUAUGACAGAUGUACAGUGUUGGUUACAGGCAAACGCAGAGCUACUUUAGGAGGGCAGGGGGCGCUUUUUGAAACUUCUCAGAGAUGUUCGGAUCUUUUCCUCCACAGAGGGCUUGUCUGAAAUUGCACACAAUAUAAUAAGACUUUUUAAUAUUAACCUGUGAUGUCUGCGUGAGCAUCACGAGUCACAUUUACACAAAGCUAAAAGAUGUCACACUUUAAGGUUUUUGCUUUGAGUCGUAGUUGCUGUUCUUUGACUGUUUUCAUUUUCCCCCAAAACAUUAAGACCAAAGAUUUCAGUUGUUGAUCAUUGGAAAUGGAUGUAUCAGUGAUGGGGUUUUUUUUUUUUUUACUCUCCAUUGCCUUGAUAUUUUCACAACUCAGAAGAUAAAACUGUUCUGUGAAUGAGUGUCCCGUACAGCUAGCUAGGAUUGUUGGUUGAUCUGUUCAAUUGUUUAGAGUUUAAACAGGAUCUGUCUUUAAAGUCCUUGUUCAAUGAUGUCCUGAUGUAGAAUCAAUCCCAUGUAACUGGAUCUGCACUCCUCAGUGUGUGUGUGUGCAGUUUUCAUUUUCACAGAAAACUACAAAAAGUCUCAACUUUCCUGAUGGCCAAAGCUGGACUUUAGAUUUAAAACUUUUCUACAUCCGUUGAACAUGUCCUGCAAAAAUCUCAAGUGUUUUGGAGAGUCUUCACAUAAAGUUCCCUUUAAAUGGAUGAGUGAUUUUUUUUUUAACAAAAAAAAAAGUAUAAAUUUAGAAUAUAUAUACAUUUUUGGGAACUUUGGGGGCUUUGUUCAUUUGACACAGAUCUAAAAAAAGACAAACUUCUGCAUUUUAUGUGUAAUAUUUAUACUUCCAAAGAGGCAUCAAAGGUAAUUGGAUGUGUAUUUUGAAAAAAACGUCACCCUCCAACAGUAACUCGCUGCACAGAGGGCCAACAAUCUUUGUAUCAACUCUUUAAAGCGUUGGUUGUUUUCAGUCGGAGGCACCAAACACUUACACAUUUGAGGUUUCUGCAGGACGGCUUCUCCUUCGCGUCUCACUCCUCCACAACAUGCAAUAUCCCCUUUCCUGUCAGCCAGGGCUUCUUGGCGGAGGAGCGCAUGUUCAGCCUCAGGUGCAUCCACUCCCACAGUGCAGAUGGGUUUUUUGUUUAAAAUGGGCUGGGUUUCCCUCGUAGUACUAAAGGACAGGAAGAAAGAAGUUCAGCGUUAGUGGGGAAAACCAAAAUUGGACUGUUUGGUUGAGUUUACACAUUGGAAAACUCAAAUAAAUACAGAAAAAAGGCUUAGGUUCACCUCUAAGAAAAUAAAGGAACAUUUGGGUCCAAACAAAGGUGCAGUCUCUGGAACGGAAAGGUACAAUAAGCCUACGGUUACCUUUCUGUGACGGUGUUUAUGCUCACCACCACCCGAGGACUGUUAAAACUAGCAACUGUCUGUUGUUCCUUUACUACCGAAAUAGUACUUUCCGUUACUACAAAUACUACUUCUUCUACUACUAGUCGCCCUCGAGCAGUUUCUGCAAAGUUUUAUUUGCAGCCAGGUUUGAACGGGUUUGUGAUUCUCAGCAGGUUGGAGUUGUGUUGUUUCUUACCACUGCUCAUCUGAUCACAGUACCCAGCACAGCUUCGAGGAGAAACAACUUCAUAUAUAUCUAUAUGAAAAUAAAAGGACUUUUAAAAUAAACUAACUUGAAAAAAAGGUUAAAAAUGUUUUUUUAAAGUGUAUAAGCCUCGUUUCCCCACGUACCCUUU